AUGUCUGAGAAAGACAGCGGUGAAAAUCUGAAAGAAGAAACAUCUUACAAAGAUGUAAACGAACCGAAAACAGAGGAACUUGGCUGUCCUGAGAGCAAUGAAGAGGGAGAGAGAGAGCUUGAACCUGUGCCUAUGACUCGGAAAAGACCGGAGCCCAAACCCCCAAGCCAGCCUGCUGCCACAGAGAAGCCCGCAGCUGAAACCCUCAAGGUCUCAGAUUCUCCUGCUGCAGUUCAGACAGGAUGGGGGUACUGGGGAAGCUGGGGGAAAUCUCUUCUGUCAACUGCGUCUGCUACUGUAGCUACUGUAGGUCAAGGUAUUUCAACUGUCAUAGAAAAAGCAGAAACAACCCUUGGGAUCCCCAGUCCUACUGAAAUCUCUUCGGAGACUAGAGAUGCUGCAAGAGGAAGCGAGAAUCCUGGUGCUGGCAGCACAGAUGCAGUUGAUGAUGGAAAUUCCUUUCCUAUUGCUGGGGCUCUUGGAGUUUUAUCAACCAUCUCUACUGCUGUCCAAAGCACAGGAAAAAGUGUUAUUACUGGAGGUCUGGAUGCCUUGGAAUUCAUUGGGAAAAAGACAAUGGAUGUAAUAGCUGAGGGGGACCCUGGAUUCAAAAAAACAAAGGGCCUAAUGAACAGAAACUCUACAUUAUCUCAGGUCUUACGAGAGGCAAAGGAGAAGGAAGAGCAGCAGACAGCUACUGAGGUUACCAUGGCUACGGAGAAGAAAGCCCAUUAUGGGUUACUGUUUGAUGAGUUUCAGGGUCUUUCGCAUCUGGAGGCCUUAGAGAUGCUUUCCAGAGAGAGUGAAUCAAAGGUGAAAUCGGUUCUAAAUGCCCUCUCUGGAGAAGAGUUGGACACACUGAAGGAGGAAAUGGAACAACUCAAAGAAGCAUUUUCUUUACCGGAGUUCUUUGAAGAUGAAGAGGAAGAAAAGAAGGGAGAUGAGGAGUUCACAAAAGAAGUAAGAGAGUUGUUUUCAGAGUUGUGUGUCUCCUCAAAGCCGGACAAACUGUUCAUGGUGAGGACAUCUGCUCAUGAAUGGAUAGCACGAUUCAACAGUAGUCUUCCUAAAGAAGAAGAAGAGAGUGAGGAAUACCAAGAAGUAGAAUCCAGUGAUGGGGACCAUGGUGCUAAAAGAUCAGUAGAGGAUAUUCAUGCGUUUGCCAUAAGAAGUCUGGCUGAACUGACAGCGUGUUCCAUUGAAACGUUUCACAAAACUGCAGCUUUGUUUCUACGGGGUCAGAAACAAGAGGUGACGGCCACAGACAGAGCCAAGUCCCUUUCACAAUUGACGAUUAUGCUGUGUAAAGAACUGUCAGCUUUCUCCAAAGAGUUCACUACCUGCUUAACGACUGCAGGGGUCAAAGAGAAAGCAGAUGUGCUUAAUCCCUUAAUCACUGGAGUGUUUUUGGAGGCUUCAAACAGUGCUUCAUACAUCCAAGAUGCCUUCCAGCUCUUGCUGCCUGUACUGCAGAUCUCUCUUCUUGAGGCGAGAACGGAACUAUCACAGCAAUAAAAAUCCUCCUAAUUAAGAACUUUCUGACCUUCCCACUUCGUAGUUUCCAUGCUGGAGAAUGAUGUAAUGGCUGUUAUUAAAGGGAAAAAGAUUAACUCUGAUCGCUGCUGCUGCAACAAGGGUGAUUAAACGCAGUCUGGCACUGACAGCUGUUACAGCACGGUGAGAGGUGUGAUUAGCAUAGUCCAGGCUGGUGGGCAACGUGACAGACUCAAAGUGCCGAUUGCUUCCCUGUUUUCACGGACUGCCCGUACCUUUUCACUGAAAUCCCUCUGCUGUAUGUGUUAACAAGCUCUUUGGAGAAGCUCUCUGGACUGUGAAGACAAUGC